GGAAAGUAGCGCAAGUUUCCUGGGCGGCCCCUGUUUCACAGCAGGAUUGAAAACAUCUGGAUCCGCCUACACGAAACCAAAACCCCCGAAAUCCAAACAGCCCCUUUUCCAUGAAAUAUAACUUUAAGUCGUGUGUACUUGCCUCCUGGACACACAUUCGGAAGCAGAUAAAAUUAUUAAAAGUAGACUAACUUCGGACGCAUCGGUGUGCUACUUUUUAUAACCUGAAUAUGGGGUGCCGGACUUUUUCCUCGGUAACAUCCGUUCUGCUAGUAUUUUUCUGUUCCCGAGUGCUGGCGUUCAGCAACAUAAAGACCAACGUCUGCAAAUGGUGCGACCACUCCAGCCCCGAGUGCGAGGGCACCGUGUGCUCCAGCAACUGCUCCUUCAGCACCUACUGUGAGCUGUCUGAGGAAAUCUGUGUGGCUGUGUGGAAACAGGACAAUGUCAGUGUCAGCGUGCGGACAUUAUGCCACCACCCCCAGAUGCCCAUCGAGCGUGUCCUGAUCUCCAACUACUCCACCACCCAAUGUGUGAUGGUGGCCCAGCCAUCAGAAGAGGGCAGCACAUACAUCUGUGGCUGCACCAGUGAGCAGGAGUGUAACGACAUGCUCAUAUUUGACAAGGGAUCCAACGGCCUCUUGAAGCUCCCGAGUAAGGAUGUCAUACCAGUGGUGGUGAUCAGUCUGCUCCCACUCCUCCUGGUGGCCAUAAUCGUCACUAUGACCUUCUACUUCUACCGCACACGGAAGUCAGCCAAGCAGCCCAAAGAUUGGGCCCCCAAACGGACCCGCUACCAGUCGCUGGACCCCCCCGAGGGUCGGAGCAGGGGAAGUCCCCAGGGCAAGCUGUUGGCCGUGACCGGGGAUUCCUCACCCGGCGACGCUGACGGUGCGGAUGUGAGCGUGGAGCUUCUGCCGAUCACACUUGAAGAGAUGGUAGGGAAGGGACGAUUCGCGGAGGUAUGGCGGGCUCGACUCGGCCACAGUGCCAGGAGCCAGUAUGAGACGGUGGCCGUCAAAAUCUUCCCGGCAGAGGAGUACAACUCCUGGCAGAAUGAGCGGGCCAUUUUCUCUGACCCUGACCUGAAGCACGAGAACGUGGUGCAGUUGCUGACAGCAGAAGAGAGGGGGGGUGGCCCCUGUUCUCCUCACAGAGAAUACUGGCUCAUCACAGCCUACCACGACUUGGGCAACCUGCAGGACUUCUUGGUGGGCCAUGUGCUAAGCUGGGCGGAGCUGCACGCCAUGGCCGGAUCUGUGGCACAGGGCCUGGCCCAUCUGCACAGUGACACCACGCCCUGCGGCUCACCCAAAGUACCCGUGGCUCACCGGGACCUGAAGACCAGCAACAUCGUGGUGAAAAACCAAAAGGAGUGUGCGCUGUGCGACUUUGGGCUGGCGCUCAGGCUUGACGUCCUGCUCACCGUGGACGACGUCGCCAACAGUGGCCAGGUGGGGACAGCACGCUACAUGGCUCCAGAAGUUUUGGAGUCCAGGGUAAACCUUGAGGAUCUGGAGGCCUUCAAACAGAUAGAUGUCUACUCCUUGGCCUUAGUGCUCUGGGAAAUGGUCUCUCGCUGUGAUGCAAUUGGAGAGGUGAAGAGCUACGAGCCGCCCUUCAGGUCCAAAGUAUGUGAGCAGCCAUGUGUGGAGAGCAUGAGGGACCUUGUGUUACGCGACAGAGGUCGGCCAGAUAUCCCUGCCAGCUGGACCACACACCAGGGGAUGAAGCUUUUAUGUUCUACCAUCGUUGAAUGCUGGGACCACGAUCCUGAAGCCAGGCUGACUGCACAGUGUGUGGUGGAGCGCUUUAACAGUAUGGGUGAAGAGGACGGCGGCCAGGAUCUGCUCAACAACAACCAACAGCCUCCACCUGCCUCUUGCUUUCAAAGCCUGGGCCACAUCACACCAUCCACCUCUUCCGUCACGGAUCCCCCCACAGCGGUCACAGAGGUGUGAGGCAUUACCCAGGCAGCUGAGGGAGCUGUCUGACAGACUGAAAUUCAGGCUAAGUACUGUUUAAGGAGCUGGUCUCCAUCCAAGAUCCACAUUACCCUGCAAUCGAUCCUCCUGAAGGCACCUAAGAUCCUUCUUCUGCAAAGCAGAGUUAUAUGCUGAGAACAACAGCGAGAAGUAAACAGGAAAUUGGAGAGGCUUCUCAAAAGUCUGUCAUAUAUUCAUUUUCACUGUACCGUCCCAACAGUUAGCAAAUAUUUUCUAGAAACACUGCCAGCACUGUGAAUUGUUAUGGUCUUGCUUUGGGCACGUGGCCUAGAUCUGGGUGGUCUUGUGCACCCAACCAGUACUGGUCUCCUAGAAACAAGGAACUGAUUCAGUGUGAUCAGCCCAGAUUUAAAGAAAAAAUCCAGCCCACUGGUGACAAGCCAGCUGAGAUACCUGGGGUGGUUCCUUUAUUUUUUUUAAUGUUUAUACGAUCACUUUAUAUUCUAGUCAAGCCUUUUGGUUUCGAGAAUUUGCAGGCAGUCAUUUAAUUUCUGCACUGCUUAGAAGUUUGAAGAUUAUCUGGUUAAACUGCAAUCCCAGCAUGUGUUUAAAACACAUGUCUUUAUUUAGGAAGCCAUAACUGCCAGAAAUAAUUGCAAAAAGAUGCAAACGCUUCCCAGAGAUCCCUGGCUGUGUGUGGUGUGACACUGUAUACAUUUUCAUGCGAUUAAACCCAUCAUUAAGACAUUGUAGGUACUUAGUACAAGAAUCUCCACAAUGAUAUGAAAGAUUUUAAAGCUUUAUUUACCUUAGUUCUUCCAUAUGGAAGAAAAUGUAUGAAAUCCAUAAUAAGCAUGAAAGAAAGCUUAUUAGAAAAUGCUGUAAUUAGCACUUACCCUCUAAUCACUGUUGUAAGCAGUCAAGCUAAAUUUAUCUGUUGGAAUAACUUGCUCGCAAGUAAAAAGACCAAAUGGUCACAAAGUAAAAAGAUUUCCUCUAUGACCACAUUUUAUGGAGGGAGCAGACAAUCCCCAGAUGACUAUGGCCUAAAAUCAGACUCACCACAAUCUACCUUGAAUUUCACUACCUGAAUACCAGAACCUGAAUUAAAGAUACUGAAAUUGAAUUCAUUACCUGAGCAUAAAAAUUCAAGUUCAGGUUGUAAAAUUCAGCUGUAAAAUUGACCUGUUUUGUGAUUGACCAUGAUUGUACUUAAUUAGUUCUUUCUGAGUAUUGCAGAUGUUUUCUGAACCUGAAUUUUACAACCUGAAUCUCACAACCCGAACUUGAAUUUUUAUAACCACACAAGCAACAAAAUUCCAAGUUCAGUAAAUGAAUUAUAGAAUCUGGAUCUGAAAUCUGAAUUUAAGUUCAGGUAAAGGUAUUUAAAAUCAGAUUCUAGUAUUCAGGUAAUGAAAUCUAAGUUCAGAUUAACACAUUCAAAUUCAGGUAAAUAAAUUCAAAUUCAGGUUGUGGUGAGUCUGUUUGACUAUAUAGAUGUGACCUGCACCAUCUUUGCAUAUUUAAAAGCAUACAAUUGUACUGAAUGAUCAUGUGCUCAUAAGCACACAAGAGAUCCUAUAGAACCCUAUUAUUCAAAUCACGGUCCUUGAGGUUCGAGCCCUGCUGGUUUUCCAGCCUUCCUUUACCUGUGAGCCAGGUGUGAAGCCUCUGACCAAUCAGAAUCAGUAAUUAUUAAACCAACUACCUGGGAGAACUGAAAACAAGGCCUGGAUUUGGAAUUGGUCCAGAUUUGAAGAGUCCUGCUAUAGAAGGUUUACUUAGAAAAAUAAAGUCGUGAAAUGUGUUGGGGUUUUAAUUUACGUUAAUAUUCCCAGAUGAGAAAUUUAACCGUGUUGCCUGGAGUCAUGUAUGUUUAGGUGUUAUGAUUCUGCAUCAACCUUUUUCAGUGAGUAUCAGUUAAAAGAUGUUCUACAUUUAUCAUGGUGUUAAAUGUGUGUUAAAAAUACUGAGACAACUCUGAAAUAAACAAAUUGAUUAGUA